AUGGCCUCCGUCCUCUCGCCCCUCCGCCAGUCCUACCGCUACUUCCAACGACAGGCCCAUGAGUCGCCCGUUAUCUUCUUCUCUUGCGUCCUUGGCCUCGUCGGUCCCGCCAUGGUCAUUGCCGUACCGCCCGUCCGCAGGAGCUGGGGCUGGAAGCCUGCAGAGCCCAUCCCCACCUCGUACCCCCUCCCUAAGCGGCCACGACAGCCCGUGCAGGGUUACGAAGACGAAUGA